AUGGAGACAUGUGCCACGGUUUGUAACAGCGGCACUGUACCAUCUGCGCUCGACGCCGGUUCUUCUGGCGCUUUGGAUGUGUUUGUCGCGCAGUACUGGGACUCGGGGGAGGUUGGUUGCGCCGACGUCCAUCAGCUCUCCAAAGUGUUGGAGCGGCCGCACGAAUUGCUGCAAAGUGCCCAGCUUCAGCAGCAGGCUCUGCAGGCUUCCCUGGUGCAUGCCGAACAGUCGUUACUGCAAUCGCGAUUGGUUCUAUCGCAGCUGGCCGGGAAGUUGCAUCCUGCACCGACAGCCUCUGCUAUGGGUCCUCAGGAGGCUUUCUCCAAGCCUACGGAGCAAGCUGCAGACAUCAUGGGCGAGCCGCAGGGUCCGCCGGUUGCGGCUCCUUCAUCACCGUCUUUGCCUUCGGAUUUCAUGCUGGGUCAGAUUCCGCAGCGCCGGGCGAAGCCUACUCACACCUUGCUAUCGCAGAUGGGGCAUUCCGAGGAGCUCCCAACUCUUUCAAAAGGGUGGUGGCCCUUUGCACAAGGCGUAUGCCGGCGUGUGGUGACCAGCACCCUCUUCGAGUUCCUGAUCCUGUCGGUGAUCAUCGGCAAUGCGGCCGUCAUUGGCAUCGAAAGCCAGCUGGGCCUGACGGACCAGGUCCUGGAGUGGGCGCCUGUGGCGGAGAACUUCUUCCUGGUUGUGUACAGCGUAGAAAUCAUCAUGCGCUUGGUGGCGUUCGCUGGGAGGCUUCGCCAGACUUUCGACGGUUGGUUCGCGUUCGACCUCCUCCUGGUUUUGAGCUCCUACCUGGAGCGACUCCUUGAACUCAUCUCCGGCGAGUCUGCAGAGCAGCUCAUGCUUCUAAGACUGCUGCGUCUGAUCCGCCUGGUGCGCACCUUCCGCAUGGUCCGGCAGGUGCGACCCCUGUGGCGGUUGGUGCAUGGUCUGCUCACAUCCUUGGACACGGUGCUGUCCACCUUCCUCUUGUUGGCACUGGUGCUCUACGUGUUUGGAGUCCUCGGUUUGGAGAUCAUCGCAAGGAAUGCCAACUUUCAGCUGGAUCCGGUGACCAGUGCCAUCCUGGAGCGGAACUUCAGCUCCCUAGGCAUGGCAAUGAUCACCCUGGCGCAGUUUGUGACCAUGGACUCCAUCGCUUCCAUCUACCUCCCCUUGGUGAGGAUGCAGCCCUGGCUGAUGCUCUACUUUACCCUGCUCAUCUUGAUUGUUUCCAUCUCGGUCAUGAACCUGGUCACCGCCGCGCUGGUGGAAGGAACCUUAGAAAAUGCCCGCAUGCUUCGGCAGGAGGAGGAGCGGAUGAAGAGCGCGACCACUCAGUCAAUGCUUCCCGAGAUCAUGGAACUCUUUGACCGCGCAGAUACGGAUGGAAGUGGUGAGCUGGCUAUCGACGAGAUGCGCCGGUUCGAGGAGGAUGGACAAGUCCCUGAGCAGAUAUUGGAUCGGGCGUCGGUCGGAAGCAUGACGGAGCUCUUCAAUGUCCUGGAUGUGGACAAGUCCGGUGUCGUCACCCGCGAGGAGUUUGCCGAAGGGCUCCUGGAUAUUUUCAUGCGCGACGUGUCAGUCUCCUCCCUGCAGCAGAUGAAGCUUCUGCGAGGUCUACGUGACUCCAUGUCCAAACUGGAGGUGGAUGUGGCGGCGCUGAAAUCUCAGGCUGCCGUCCUUUGA